CAAUUGGUGUAACCCUAGAGUUAACAUCUUUCAAACUCAACCAACAUCUACUUUAUAGAGAGCGCUAUGUACAAAGCGCGGGUUGAAAAAAGUGUGUAAAAUUGAGUUCCCAACGAGAUUAGUUAAUCGUUUGUUCUGAUUUUAGGGAGUUUAUAGUUGUUUAUCUGAAGAAGGAUACCCAAAUACUGAACCAAUGGCAAGAAAAGGUAGUACUGCAAGAAAGGCUAAAAGCAAGGUUACACAUGUUGAAAAAACUCAGUCAAGUGAACAAAACACUACCAGUAACACAAGGAAAAGGAAACGAAAUGAAAGUAGUGAUGUAGAAGUUUCAGAAUCUAAGUAUAACAAAUCUGACAAAAGCCUGAAGGAAGAAGCUACUGCAGCUGAGUCCUCUUCUGCCACACCUGCAGAAAAAAAUGCAUUUUAUAGAAUAUCUUCAUGGAAUGUAAAUGGUGUCAGGGCAUGGUUGGAUAAAAAAGGUUUGGACUUCAUAAAGCAGGAAAACCCAGAUAUCUUCUGUAUUCAAGAAACAAAGUGUUCGGAUGAUAAGCUUCCUGCAAACGUAAAGAAUGUAACAGGAUAUAAAACCUAUCCUUUAUCUGGUGACAAGGAUGGAUACUCCGGUGUAUGCAUGUUUUCCAAGAAACAACCAGUUAGUGUCAAAUAUGGUAUUGGUAUAGACAAACAUGACAAGGAAGGCCGAGUCAUAACUGCAGAGUAUGAUGAGUUUUUCUUAGUCGCUGCAUAUGUGCCAAAUGCUGGAAAAAAGUUAGUGAGACUGGACUACAGACAAGAUUGGGACAAAGAUUUUUGCAAGUAUCUGAAAACUCUAGAUGCUGUGAAGCCAGUCAUUCUCUGUGGAGAUCUAAAUGUUGCACACCAAGAAAUAGAUCUUGCUAAUCCAAAGACAAAUAAGAAGAAUGCAGGAUUUACUCAAGAAGAAAGAGAUGGAUUCUCGUCUUUAUUGAAUGAAGGGUUUAUUGACAGUUUCCGAACACUUUAUCCAAAUGCUAAAGGAGCCUAUACUUUUUGGACAUACAUGAUGAAUGCUAGGGCAAAAAACGUAGGCUGGAGACUGGAUUACUUUGUAUUGUCAAGUAGGCUCCGCUCUAAAAUGUGUGAUAGUAUCAUUCAUAAAGAUAUCCUUGGAAGUGACCAUUGCCCAAUAACACUUACUAUAGCUUUUUAAACAGUUGGAUCAGAUUGACAAGAGAGAUGUUAAAGUACAUAGAGGAUGUCUAAAUGCUUGCUUUUGCUGUAGUUGUGUGGCUUGUUCAGAAAACCAUCAAAAUAGUAGACGGAGAUGGAAAAUUUCAUCACGAUAUAGAAACCAUCAAAAACUGAGGCAUCUAUAAAUUGAUUAUUAAAAUUUCUUUUAAUCAUAAAAAAAUACAAAUUUCAUAUAUUUUCAACCUUCUGUUGUAGGUUUUAUCAAUCGACUGUGAAUGUGAUUUUUUUUUCUUUUCUGGAAAAUAAAUGUUUUCAAUUA